UUGAUAUACUUGUUAAUUUGUUAUUGUUUCGGUAAACCUUGUAAUAUUUCGUUAAUUCUCGAAUCUUAUACGAUAAACAAUUUCGUUUGUGAUAAUGAAAGAAAAACGUAAGAAAAGUAAACACAGUAAAUCUAAAAAAAGCAAAGAUCGUGAAAGACGUAGACGGAGAUCUACAAGUUCGUCAAGUUCUGAUUCAGGCUCUGAUAAAUGGGUAGAAAAAAAGGCAGCCACACAAGACAAGGAAGCGCAAAGAGAGGACUGGAUGUCAAUGACUGGAAUGUUAAAGACAUAUACAAAAGACGAUGUUAGGCCGAAGCGAGAAGAAAAAGACAAAAAAGGUAUUGAUUCAUAUAACCCAGGAACCAGCAGCAGGGAACUCAAUCCUUAUUGGAAAGACGGAGGAACAGGUCUGCCACAAACAAGUGAAAGCUUACGAAAAUCUAAGCCGUUUCUUAAACCUGUUGAUGAUGAUGAUGACUAUUAUUCAAAGCCAAAAAGCUCCAGGUCCACUGAUUCCCAUUACAGUGGCAGUUCAAAAGAUAGGCAAAGUGAUUAUUAUAAUGAUAGAAAAUACUCUGAAAGAGAGUCAUAUGGAAGAUCUAGUAAUUGGAAGAAACAAAGCCAGGUCAGUGAAAACCAACAUACUUCAGAGAGAAGAGAACAAAGAAGUGAAGAGAGAUAUCUUACCCUGGAAAGGAAAGAGCCAAAACAAAUUGAACCUGUGGCUAAAGCAGAACAGAGCAGUGCAUAUCUCAGCGAUGAGAAAAUGAACAAAUUAGCAGCAAAAAUUCUUAAAGCUGAAAUUUUAGGAGAUGAUAAACUUGUCGCAGACCUUAAAUCAAAGCUUGAAGCAGCAAGAGAGUACAGAAAACAAAACCCUGAUGCAGGAAAGGAAGAUGAUGGUGUUAUGCUGAUGUCAACUAACAGCUUUGGCAAUAGCAGACCACUGACCAGUCAGAAAGGAGAUCCUCAAUCAAGAAGUAACAAAAGAAAAGCAGAAACUCAUGUGUCUGGUGAGAGGGCCAAGUACUUUGGUGAUGAUGACAAGUAUAAUUUGGCACAGAUGUUUGAACAAGAGAAAUACAGUAACAAUUACAAUGAUGAAGCUGAAUUAGCUAAAAUUGCAUCUAAGCAUAAGAAUCCGAAUGACGAUUUGGCAGACAUCUUUGUGGAUGAAAUAUCAAAGAACAGGAAUGCUGCAAAGGAUAGUUGUAUUGAGAAACAAAGAGCAAUCAAUGCACAUGUUAGAAUGGAGAGGUCACUAGAAGGCUGCCAGUAUUGUGUGGACUCUAAGAGCAUGAUAAAACAUCUGAUGGUUAGCUGUGGAACAAAGGUCUAUGUAGCUCUUCCAGCCAAACAGUCUCUAGUUAAAGAUCACUGUAUUAUAAGUACAAUACAACAUGCUACAUGUGUCACAGCUAUUGAUGAAGAUGUUUGGGCUGAAAUACUUGAUUAUAGAAAAGCAAUAACAAAGUUCUUUAAUUCCCGUGGAGAGGAUGUUGUAUUCUUUGAAACAGCAACAAGGUUGCAUAAGUACCCACAUCUGGUUAUAAACUGUGUUCCACUGCCGAGAGAUGUUGGGGACAUGGCUGCAAUAUACUUCAAGAAAGCUCUUUUAGAAUGUGAAGCAGAAUGGUCUAUGAACAAAAAGGUUGUAGAUUUAAGAGGAAAAAAUAUAAGGAGAGGUGUACCUAAAGGAUUACCAUACUUUUGGAUUGACUUUGGUAUGGAUCCUGGCUUUGCUCAUGUUAUUGAAGAUCAACAGCUGUUUCCAAGAACCUUUGCAGAGGAAAUAAUUGCUGGUAUUCUUGACUUGGACCACUCAUCAUGGAAAAAUCCCAAGAGAGAGUAUGGAGAUGUACAGAGGAAGAAAGUUAUGGACUUUGUAAAGGAAUGGAAACCUUUUGAACCUUUUAAGAGUACUGCAUAAAAGUUUUGUAUGUGAUCAAUGCAAAUAAAAAUAAGAUACUGUA